CUAACUUUGGGGACAACCACUGGCCAGCAGAUAAUACAGGAUAGUCUAUCCGUCGCACACUGACAGAACUGAGACGCAAGGUUAAAGGAGGCCAUUUGAAAUCGGACCUUCAACAUCAUUCUCACUCUUGUUCGACUGCAGAGGACUGUGGACAAUAGUUAUCAACAAAUUCAAUUUUCAACAUUUGUUCUUGGGGGACUUUUAUGCAAAAUGAACCAAAAGAAACUGAUGCUGUUUCAAUGUGUGAUCCUGUUGUGCCUGGGCCCCUGUCUAAGCCAAAGGGACUGUACAAGCGUGGAUUGUCCAGUGUUGGACAACUGCAUUGAGGAGGUUUUGGAGAAAGGAGCUUGCUGUGCCACCUGUGUUAAAAUAGGAUGCUUAUGUGAAGGUUACCAGUACUAUGACUGCAUCCAUGCAGGCUUCCAGAAUGGUAAAGUUCCAGAGGGAGAAUCUUACUUUGUGGAUUUCGGAAGCACAGAAUGUUCUUGUCUACAGGGAGGCGGGAGGAUCGGCUGCCAUUUCAUCCCGUGUCCCGAGAUCCCUCCCAACUGCAUUGCUGUCGCGGAACCCGCGGAUGGGUGUCCACAGUGUGAGCGCAUUGGCUGUGUCCAUGGCAAUCAGAAAUAUGAGGCAGGUCACUCCUUCCAGAUGGACCCUUGUCAGGUGUGUCACUGUCCUAACGAUGGCGGGAGCCUGAUGUGUUCUCCUAUCCCUGACUGUGACUCUCGUAACGUUAAGAAGCCCAUGAUAGCAACGACCACACAGAACAACAACCCUCCGAGAGACCUCAGCAAACUGCAUGAUAACAAACAGACAAGCCCACUAGACCCAUUUGCCCCUGCUAACAUCCUACCUCUUUACAAAGAGGAGCCAUCCGUCCUGGAUGAAGAUGAGGAUUAUGACUACACACUGCCUGACCCCACAUCUACUACUCCACAAGACCUGGUCAAGCGAACAGAAUCUACCACGGUGUCACCAUCCUAUGCUGAGACAAGCUCUUCUCCUUAUGAGAUCUUUAAUGACCUGAGGCAGGAGCUGAGAGAGAGACUAGGAACAUACGAUCAGGAGCGAACAGAGGAGGCGGCCAUUACUGAGGAUCCACAUCACAUAGAUCAGACCACCUUAAGGGCCCAGGAGGAGUCAACAAUAUCAACAACUAAACAGGAAGUGACCUCAGAGAGUCAAAGGCGUCAACAGGAAGUUGUUGACCGGGACAGCAGGCGUCACAGAGACAGUGACAGAGUGAUGAAGAGUGACAGUUCGGAGGACGUCACUCCAACUGUCCAUAGUGACAAGGGAGUGAGAUACACUGGCCUCCACGAAAAAAGAGACAGCCACAGCAGUCACCACCAUGAUGGCAGUCCUUCAUCCCAAAGUCAUGGGAGGCACCUUGAGGAGCCCCUUGAGGAGCAGCGUGAGGAGCCAAGAACGCCCCAGAGGAAACCUGACCAGGAGUCUUCGUUCUCCGCAGAGAAGAUCAGUCCGACCAGCAGAGCUCCUGUCACGAGGGAGGAGGGAGACCAGCUGGCCAGGAGACAGCCCCACACCCUCUUCAACUACCAGGGCCCAAACGAACAGCCUGGAAACAUUGAGGUUUCUGUAGUUUCUUCCAAGGAGUUGGUGGAGACCUGCUGUGAGACAGGGGAGAAGUGGGCCUCAGCCAAAGGCCACUGCAGCAACAUGGAGCUCCCCAGAGAGGACAGACACUCCAUCUGUCGGACGGCUCAGAGACAGUGCUGUCUGGGCUCUCUGAAGGAGAGUCGCUGUUUCUCUGGUAUGAAUGCAGCCAGAGAGGGAGUUGUGUGUGAGGUGGACAACAAUGACCAGUGUGGAGCCGACUCCUUCAAGGAGUGUUGUAGCUGCUGCUCUCUGGGGCUGAGGUUCCGUAGCGAGGGCCACCGCUGUGAGGCCCAUAAGUACCUGGGCUACCCCUGCAGCCACGUCUUCCUCACCUGCUGUGAGGGAGAGGAGGAGGUGGCGAGAGAAGAGGGGGAUGAGGGGGAGGGGGAGGGAGACGGCUUGCACACCCUCAGAGAGAGGCCUGUCCUGGACCCGACCGCAGUGCCAAAGAGAGUGUCAGACAGUCUGUUCCCUAAAGAGGCCUUCUCCAUCGGGGAGGAGGAGGAGCAGGAGAGGGAGAACACGGUGGAGGGCCCGCUGGAGGUGGAGGAUGUAGAUGAGUGCCAGGUUUACCAGGGAACACUAUGCCACCACAGGUGUAUCAACACCCCUGGCUCCUUCAGGUGUGCCUGCUACCCUGGCUAUGUGCUGCAGAAGGACGCAGUCAGCUGUGUGCCAGAGACGGUAGAUGAAGAGAACAAGUUGAGAGAGGAUGACAGACCAGAGGUUGAGGCUACCUCAACUGCACCCCCCACCACUCCAACCUCUGUUAACCCCUGUGAGGGAAAUGGCCCCUGUAUGCAACAGUGCUCCCCAGUGGCUGGAAGGCCUGGCUGCUCCUGUUUCCCUGGGUUCUCUCUGAUGGCUGAUGGACAAUCCUGUGAUGAUAUCAAUGAGUGUUUGAUGUCCACCCGUACCUGUCAGAUGAACGAGAGAUGUGUGAACACGGCUGGUAGUUUUGUGUGUCAGCGUCAGAUCACAUGUUCUCUGGGUUACCAGAUCAACAACGACGUCUGUGAAGAUGUUGAUGAGUGUUUUCAGGGGACUCAUAACUGUGGGCCAGGCUUUGAGUGUGUGAACAGUGAGGGCUCGUUCAGGUGUAACGCCAAACCUCGCUGCUCCAUGGGCUUCACACAGGACACACAUGGGAACUGCAUUGACAUAGAUGAAUGUGGUGUAGUGGGCCAACCCUGCAGUCCUGGCUUUAACUGUAUCAACACUGUGGGAUCCUACAGCUGCCAGAGGAAGAUCAUCAUGUGUAGCCGUGGUUACCAUGCCAGCCCAGACGGAGCCAGGUGCAUAGAUGUGGAUGAGUGUCAGAGUGCUCUGCACCACUGUGGGGAGGGACAGAUUUGCCACAACCUGCCCGGCUCCUACCGCUGUGACUGCCAGACGGGCUACCAGUAUGACAUGUUCAGGAAGACUUGUGUGGAUGUGAAUGAGUGUUGGCGUUACCCUGGCCGCCUUUGUGCCCAGACCUGUGAGAACACCCCGGGAUCCUAUCAGUGUUCCUGCACCGCUGGGUUCAGCUUAUCCAGGGAUGGCAAGAACUGUGAAGAUGUGAAUGAGUGUCUAACCAACCCCUGCAGUCAGGAGUGUGCCAACAUCUACGGCUCCUACCAGUGUUACUGCAGACAGGGUUCCUACCUGAGGGAGGAUGGACACACUUGUGAAGACAUUGAUGAGUGUGCCCAGAGCAUUGGCCACCUGUGUUCCUUUAAGUGUGUCAACGUCCCAGGGAGCUACCAGUGUGCCUGUCCCGAGUACGGUUACACCAUGUCCCCCAACGGACGCUCCUGUAGAGACAUAGAUGAGUGUACCAUCGGGGCCCAUAACUGUUCCUUGGCUGAGACCUGCUACAACAUCCAGGGAGGCUUUCGCUGUCUGUCCUUCAAUUGUCCACAGAACUACCGCAAAUCCUCUGACAUGCGCUGUGAACGACAGAGCUGUCCCAACUUCCUGGACUGUCAGAACUCUCCUCUCAGGAUCACCUACUACCAUCUGAGCUUCCAAACCAACAUUGUCAUCCCCGCCCAGAUCUUCCGCAUCGGCCCCUCCCCCGCCUACUCCGGGGACAACGUCAUCAUCAGCAUCACCCAGGGCAACGAGGAGAACUACUUUAGCACGCGGAAGCUGAACGCCUACACGGGCGCGGUGUACAUGCACAGGCAGGUGCUUGAGCCCCGGGACUUUCUGAUCGAUGUGGAGAUGAAGCUGUGGAGACAGGGCACCUUCACUACGUUCCUGGCCCGGAUCUACGUCUUCAUCACGGUCAACUCACUCUAACAGACUGGCCCCCAGCCUCACCCUACUUUCACCCUUGUCCCACCCCCCUCAAUGGACAGCCCAUUCCCUUCUACCCCCAUAGCCCUACCCCUAAAUGCACAGUAUGAAUUUUGACAAUAAUUCAACAGUCAACAUCAAUAAUCUUAAUAGGUGACCUCCAAGUUAGUCUUCAGCACAGCCCUGCAUUUGUUUCCUAUCAUAUUGACCAUCUAGGACACCAUUUGCCCAGUUUUAUACCACACUGAUGAUAUCAAAAGUAGUUUUGCACUGUUCAAAAAAAACUAUUCAACUUAAGAAGAUAAAUUACCUGGCUGCCUUACAAUCGGUUAUGUCAACUCAUUAGUUCAAAAUUAGUUGACAAAACGUAAUAUGAGUGACAAUAGUUGAUCAAAUUGAUUCAACCUGAAAUCUUAAGUCAGUGGGCUAGAGGUAACACUAGUUUUUACAGUGUAGAGAAGGGCUCUUCAACCCCAGUUGUAACUAACCCGAUUCAGCUUAUCAACCAGCUAAUCAUUAGAAUCAGCUGUGCUAGCUUAGGGUUGGAAUGAAAACCUACAGGAUGGUAGCUCUCCAGGAACAGGGUAGGAGAUACCUGGUGUUAGCGUGUGGUUGUCUUUAACACACUAAGACAGGUUGUGUCAGUGCCUCACUCCAAAUUCUCUCUUUUCUAUCUCCCUUAAGCUGCUGUUCCUUUCUAUCCUCUUGAAGGAUGUUGUACCACUAUGCUAAUUUAAUAUCACAGUAUAUUAUGACAUUUAUUUGUACUUACUGUAUGUAUUAUUCAGACACAUUAUAUAUGACUGGAUGUAUCAUAUUUUGUUCCGCUAUUUUCGUAAACUGCAAAUUAUUUUUAGUAAAAACGAAAACUACACAAACUG